UUCAAGGAACUAAAAAGUGUAUCCGAUAACUGCGGCAAGCAAAGGAAAGAAGAAAAAACAAUCCUCUUCUGUAUACCUUCUGAUCAUCAUCAUCAUCAUCAUCAUCAUCAUCAUCAUCAGUCUCAUCAUCAUCAUCAUCAUCAUCAUCAUCAUCAUCAUCAUCUUCGUCACUGCAAUCAUAAUCACCACCAUCAUCAUCACCUUUAUCUUAACCAUCAUUCUCAUCCUCUACCCUUGCAUAUUUUAACCAAAAACUAAAA